AUGUCUUCUGAUGAUGCCAAAGAAGACUCCAGAUCUUUGGCUUUAACUCCAACAUGUUCUAUUGCUAUAGUUAUGACUAUCUUUGUUCUUGUCUCUUUACUUGUGGAGGAAUCAAUUCGUUACUUGAGCAAUUGGUUGAAGAAAAUGAAACGCAAGGCAAUGCUUGCAGCUGUUGAGAAAAUGAAAGAAGGGUUGAUGCUUCUUGGCUUCAUAUCACUCCUUCUUGCAGUUACCUCCAGUAGUAUAUCCAAUAUUUGUAUCCCUUCAAAGUUUUAUGAUAGUGCAUUUUAUCCAUGCAACAAGCCUGAUAAGAAUCAAGAAAACAAGGAUCAUAGUAAACAACAACUUUUGAACAAAUUAAAUCACAAAAUCUGUCAAAAGGAUUAUGAGCCAUUUGUAUCUGAUGAAGGACUUGAGCAACUACACCGUUUUAUAUUUAUAAUUGCAAUUACACACAUAUCAUAUAGCUGCUUCACCAUGCUUCUGGCUAUAGUGAAGAUUCACCAAUGGAGGAUAUGGGAAGAUGAUGCUCAAAUGGAUCAGAAUGAUGUCCUAACUGAGUUAUCAAGAUAUGAGACAACAAAGAGGCAAUCAGCAAUUGUUGAAUUCCAUAUGUCAAAUCCAUUGAUUAGGAAUGGCUUCUUGAGUUGGAUGGUUUGUUUUUUUCGCCAAUUUGGAAGUUCAGUUGUUCGUGCUGAUUACCUUAUGUUGCGUAAAGCCUUCAUCAUUAACCACAACCUCACAUCGAAAUUUGAUUUCCACAGCUAUAUGAUUCGCUCUAUGGAAGAAGAAUUUCAAAGGAUAGUUGGAUUGAGUGGCCCUCUCUGGGGAUUUGUUGUGGCUUUUAUGUUGUUUAAUGUGAAAGGAUCUAAUCGUUAUUUCUGGAUUGCUUUACUUCCUGUUACUCUUGUUUUAAUCAUGGGGACAAAACUACAACAUGUUAUUGCUACUUUGGCUCUAGAAAGUGCUGGAAUUACUGCAUAUUUUACUAAAACUAAGUUAAAGCCUCGAGAUGAGCUUUUUUGGUUUAAGAAGCCAGGGCUAUUAUUGUCAUUACUCCAUUUUAUUCUUUUUCAGUGCUUGUUUCAGAAUGCAUUCGAGCUGGCUUCUUUCUUUUGGUUUUGGUGGCAAUUUGGAUAUAAUUCUUGCUUUCUAAACCAUCAUUUGAUCGUGUAUUUACGCCUGAUUUUGGGGUUUGCUGGACAAUUUUUCUGUAGCUAUAGUACAUUACCAUUGUAUGCUUUGGUUGCUCAGAUGGGGACAAACUACAAAGCUGCAUUAAUUCCGGAGAGAAUAAGAGAGACGAUGAAUGAAUGGAGAAAGGAAGCUAGGAGAAGGAGAAGGAGGAGAAAGUUUUGCAUGUACGGCGAUGAUUCACCUGCGAUAUCCGUGGAGGAAUUGGACAACGGCGAGCUUCAUAGUCCUCGAGCCGUUACAACGCGUAACCACCGUUUGGAAAUCGAAUUACAACCACCGGUCCUCCGCCAGUCUGCUUCCGUAUCUUCUUCAGCUUCACCACGCUUUCUGUCGGAGAUCAUCACAAGAGCGUAUUCCUUGCCCUCCCGAAACCACUCAAGUUAA